GACACAACCAUGGCCGCGAUUAAACUGAAUACCUUAGAGGACCACAUGAGUUUGCAGGAUCAGGAAGUGACUGCGCGCCGUGGUAAAGUCAACUUUGAUCAGUUCCGCCAGCCAUUUGACCCCGGUGAUGGCGGAAUGGCACCUAUUGAGGAAGACUACUUGGACAACAUGUUAUUAGACAGUGGUCAGCCCCAUGGAGACUUGUGGGAAGGGGAACAUGACUUCCUAGCACACAACAAUGACUGUGACGAUGUGUCGGAGGGUUCCAGUGACGGAGAGGAGGAGAUGGGACUGUCAUGGCAGGACGAUAAGGUUACAGACAAAGGGGCCAAGGAGCUCGGCUCACUCCCUUUUGAGCCCAACACACCACCUGGAAUACAGAUGCGAAUGCUCACACGAUUUGUUCGACAGACAGCCAAGACUCCAAUCCAUUUCUUCUCCUUUUUCCUGUCGUUUGACCUGGUGGCCUCCAUCUGUAAUGCCACCAAUGCCUACGCCGAGAUGGUCAUUGAGAUGGGUCAGUUCCAGUGUUAUGCCACACAGGUCCAGCAGAAAGAUGUCUGGUCGAAGGUCACUACCAUGGAGAUGUACAAAUUCAUUGGUAUCCUCAUGUACAUGUCACUGAACAAACUACCCAACCUGGACUGUUACUGGUCUGAAAUAGAUGACCCUGUGUUCGGACCAACAAGUGACCUUGUCAGGGAGAGCAUGACCAAACAUCGCUUCAUGGCCCUGCUUGCAUUUCUCCAUGUUGUUCCACCAGAAAAUAUAAAAAAAGAAGAAAAGAUCAGCUACAUCAGACCACUGCUGAAACACAUGAAGACUGUUUCUCACACUCUAUACUUCCCAUACCGAGAGCUAGCCAUCAAGGACCGUAUGAUGGAGACCAAAAAGAAGCUGGGUAAUUUUGAGAGUGAAUCACAGAGAUACGGCUGUAAGCUUUUCUCUCUCGUCUGUGCAGUCACAGGAUAUACCUAUGAACUCUUACUAUAUGUUAAUAAAGCCGAUUAUAAAUUGGCCAGUCAUCUGGAAGGUAUUCCAUAUUCGUUGGUGAACACCCUUACAGUUGAUUUCCAGAAUCAAGGCUACCAGUUAUUUUUGGAUGGCUUUUUCAUGUCGAAGACCUUACUGCGGGAUCUAUUUAGCAGCUCCAUCUUCACAACCAGUAGUUUGAAGGCUGGAAGCCCGGUAGUGCCGAGUUCUCUACGGGAUUGGCAGGAAUGGGAUGAGGCAGCGAAGAAGGGAGACUUCCGAUGGCAGCGGGAGACAGACAGCUACUAUGUGGUUGUACAACAUAAGGACAUAAGCACCAAAUCCUAUCUAUCCACACUACACAUGGGGUCAGCAGUUGACUCCAAAACACACGUACCUAAACUGGUAGUAGAUUUCAAACAAGGCUCCGACGGAUUCAGUCGCAGCAUCAGCAACAUGCAUAAUUACCCAUUCAAGGUUGGAGAGGAGACACUCCACUGGUGGAAAUGUGUGUUCAUACACUGUAUUGACAUGAUGGUGAUGAAUUCCUAUAUCAUAUACACUGAGUAUGUGGACAGAUUCCCAGCAGAAUUUGCAACUCCAUGUAACGAGUUAGAGUUUAGGAAGGCACUCGUCAAGUCCCUCCUGGUACAGAAGAGGCGUGGUGUGGACUUGUCUCCCUGUCGGGAAUGUAUGCCAGAAAUGGUGGUGACCCGCCGUGACUGUGCCGUCUGUAAUGCCCAAGCAAGACUUGAAGGCAACGGCUGUCCAAGUACAAAGACAAGCUUCAUCUGUAGACACUGCUGUGUACCACUGUGUAUUUACAAAGACAGAAACUGCUUUGCCAAGUGGCACAUGCCUGAUGGUAAAACCAUUAGAGAAUGGGUACGGGCAUAUGGGCGAAAGAGAAAACACUCGGACUAAACAAAAACAAACCUCUCUUAAAAAUAAUGGCAAACAUUCAGAUUAAAAAACAACGAACGACUUUGUGUUGACAUUUUCAACACGAUUGAACCUACCAGGUAGUUGAUUCAGACUCGGACAAUCUAGAAAACUUGAUUUCUUGAUUUUCCUUCGAUUCCAUGACACCUAUAUUAAGAAACUUGAUUACUUUUUUUUUUACUUCAUUAAUACCUAUGGCAUUUUGAAAUUGUUGACUUAAAAGUGUUCUUACUUAGGUCACCUGAUAAGUACAUGUAAAACCACUGUUAUUGUCUGUCUUGGUGCUUAGUCCAUCAUCAUUCUGUCAUCUUGCCGUCAAUCAUUAACAUUUACAUCAAAUGACAUCUCUUUCAAAGAAGAAUUACUAUACUUUACUCUACUAUAUGAUUAAUGGCUGGACCAGAUUAAUCAUAAUUUCUUGCUGUUUGAAGCACUGUGUUAAACUAAAAAAAAAACUUUUAAUGAAAAUUGAUAUAGUCCACAAUUUUUAUGGUCCUACAUUUUGACCAAAUAGCAUAAUGAAAUGUAUAUCCUGUGAUACUGUCAAACAUGUUUUCUGGAUAAUUUUGUUUUCUCUAAUGUAAAGGAAAUACUGUAUCUGAUUUAAUUAGCCCCCAUGCUCUAGCUUCCUUUUGUAGUUGACCUGAUUUGCAUUCAUAAUCCUUAUAGUGUUCCUUUCGCCAUUAUAUCUCUAAUUAAUUGUUGCUCUAUUGUUUUGAUGAACUUUGUUUUAUGUCACUGUAAUUGUGACAUAAGUUUUGUACAUGUCACUGUAUUUUCGCCCAUGGCCAUUGAAGUUUUCACAGAUAACAUUUAAUCAUCACAAUCAACCAGUCAUUCUCUAGGUCAGAGAAGGCAGCUUUUUAUUACUUGUAUAUACUGUAACACUGAUCUCAUGAAUAUAUUCUAUUCCAUUUUGUUAACGUGAAUAUAUGUUAGUCAUGACAUAAAUAUUUUUCUUAAAGUUAUAUUUUUUAUCUUGUUAUUUAGAAAAUAUUUCGUAUAUGACAUUUUGUACAUUUUCCUUUCAUAGAAACUAGAAUAUGAUUUGAUGAAUUGUCUCACUAUUUUUAAAUACUUAAUAGUUUACCUGCCGGUAAUUCUAUUGUGUCAAUAUUUUAUUGGAGUUGCCAUUUAUUUACUUAAUUAAUUUCCUAUCAUGAUGAAAUUAUCAUGAUAUAAAAUAUCCAUAUUUUUUCCAGAACAUAUGAUACAUUUUCAAAUACACUAACUUUUCUUGCUGAUAAUCUGCGAUCUGUUUUGAUAUUUUCCUGUAAAAUCAAUCGGGGCAUUGCAUUUUUGAAGUCGUGUUAUAACCUAGGUGUGGUAAUUGGAACUCUCAGUAGAAAUUUUGAUGUGAAAGAAUUAUAGACCUUUUAAAACAUUGUGUUGACGAAAACUAUAAGUGUUCAGCUUGCAUAAGUGUAUAUAUUGUAUCUCAGUGCUCCGCCAAUGUGAUGUUGACUUUAUAAAAGACUUAUUGUUACAAAACUUAUAAAUCCACUUGUAAUCUCCUGUGCACAGAUGUAUAUUAUUUAGAUCUGGAGUAUAUGGUUACAUGUGCUCCUAAGUUCUCCCAAAACUCUUUGUUGAAAAGAAUAAAAGCUGUUUGAUUAUAACAUGUACUAAUUUGUAUAUAUGCUUUAAUAUAAAACAUCUAUGGAUUAUAAAGUGAUUUUGAUAAUUAUAUCAGGACACAAAUUGACAAUGCUACAUGUUAAAUGUAUGAUGUCUUUAGCAUUCUAGGUAUAACAUGUGUUAUACCUGGUAUAUAAAUACAAUUUACAUUGCAGAAUAUAUAAUAUAAAUGAAUAGUAAAAUGGUAUUCCAACUUGUACAGAUUUUCAACGCAUACAAUACUUUAACCCUUUCACCACUGUAGACCACAAUGGACUCAUCCAAAUCAAUGCAUGGUAGAGUCUACUAAAGUUACAUAGGGGUGAAAGGGUUAAAUAUUUUGUUAUUUUGACUUGUGUCAUAGAUAUGGAAUUACUGUCCCUUUUUGUUGACGUUGAUAAAGUUUUAUGUAAUAGCGUUGAUAUCCUUGUACAAAAUAACUAUAUGAUGUUUAUAUACUAGACAGCAUAAUAGGAGGACCAGAAUCACUGGAUUGAUCUAUAUCACAUCUUAAUACAUGUUGUGAGAGUUCUGCCCUUUGUAUAUUUCUACAUGGAAUAGAAUAAGAUGUGAAUGUAAUCGUGGACCAUAUACAGACACCGACUGUUAUAUGAGGCACUGUUGUCUAGUGGUAUGAUGCCAGGCUUGUAACCGAAAGGUUGCAUGUACGAGUCACGCCAUGGCACUGUGAUGUGUCCUUGAACAAGAUACUUUACUCGGCUUGUUCCAGUCUACUCAGCUGUAAAUGAGUAUGUGGUUGAAUUGGGCAGU